AGUUUGUUGUAGAGUGUAGACCACAAAGUACCUUUUCUGACAUAAGAACCGACCGUGAAAUUCCUGGCUACGGGCCUGGUGUGCCUGGUAAGGUACUAAUAUCCCCAGGGGACCUUAGAACCGGCUUUUAAGCGCCGUCGUGGUUCCAGCCAUCCGUACCGCGCCUACAAGAGGGAUGGAAGGAAGGAAGGACCCCUCCCCCGCCCUCUCUCCGCUCCGCGCGGUUAGUUUUUCUCCGAACCCAGGCCAGAACGGAGCAGAGUUCCAACCUGAACCUUGGUUUCAAGUGAUAAAUCUUAAGAGAAGGUUUACGAAGUGAAUUGACAAUAAAAUAAAAAAAGAGAAAAAAGAAUACCAUGUUUUUCACAGGUGGGGGAUGAAGAAAGUACAACAACAAGCCGGAGAAGAGAAGAAGGAAAGAAGAAGAAAAACCAAGGAGAAGAUGGAACGGGAGAAGGAGAGGAGAAGAAAAGAAACCAAGGAGAAUAUGGCGUGGAAGAAGGAGAAAGGAAGAGAAAUCAAGGAGAAUAUGGAAAAUACAGAACUAAACCAAAAGAAACUAAAAAAGACUGCUAAGUUAAAAGAAUGUGAGGUUCCAAGAUACGCGCUAGGUAUACUCCUCCUGGUAGGUUUAGUAGGACGGACGGAUGGAUCAUGUCCUCGUUCUUGUUCCUGCUCUCAGGACUAUCUCAGGGUAGAGUGUAUUAAUGCAACUUUAGAGAUCGUUCCUCUAACCCUGCACCCGGAGAUUAGCAACCUUCUCCUCAACUACAACAAGAUACCGGAGGUUGGUCCGGCCUCCUUUCAGUUCCACCCGGAGCUGAGGACGGUUAACCUCGAGCACUCUAACCUCGUCAACCUUCAGGACAAAACGUUCGAGGCUCAGAGAAAACUUGUUGAACUCGAUCUCAGCAACAACGAAGUGACGGUGAUUCGAAAAUUUACAUUUUUUGGUUUGAUCAGUCUGGACAGCCUAGACUUAUCCUUUAACUCUAUUCAAGUUAUAGAUGGAGAGGUUUUUAUUCAUAUGCCGAACCUAACCCAACUGAACCUGGGGAACAAUCAAAUCCGGGAGUUGAAUUCCUCUGCCUUCUCAGGACUAGGUUCGCUCGAGGUUCUCCGCCUUGAGAAUAACAGGAUAGAGAGCGUGGCGGAGGAAGUUUGGGAAUCAUUAUCCAAUCUGAGAUAUCUUCAUUUAGCUCACAAUCAGAUACUAGAGCUUAAUCCUAGACCCUUGAAUACUCUUCAUAUCCUAGAUGUUAGUUUUAAUCCUAGGUUUAAUUACUCCAACCUUAUCCUACCCUCCUCUAUUAGAUCACUGAACCUGACUCAAACAGGAUUACAAUUCAUCCCAACUCCGCUCUUCCAAUUCCUCCCUAGUCUAGAGAUACUAAUCCUAAAUCAAAACAAUCUGACAAGUAUCUCUAGGAACGCGUUCAAGGGAUUGAAAAGACUAAAAAGCCUUGAAAUAAUGGAAAAUAAAAUGUUGGAACAAAUUGACGGAUCAGCUUUCCAGGAUACCCGGAGCCUAACCAGUAUUAAUAUAUCUCACAACCAGGAUUUAUAUCAUCUAGAUCCGGAGAUAGUUUCACAUUUAGAAAACCUGGUUGAUCUGAACCUGGAAAGGAACAGAUUCUACAAUUUGAACCUAGAUCUGGGGGAGCAGGUGUCUCUGGUAGGAGACGGAAACCCCUGGAUGUGUGACUGUAACAUUCAGAGCUUACAAAUCCUUGCUACGGGUCGAAAUAUGACCCUGACCUGCUCGGAACCCGAGAACCUUGCGGGACGAAGUAUCUUAGACUUGGAUCUCUCCUACUGUAAGACCCACCUAGAGAUGUCAGCAACCGGACUCAAGUCUAGGAAAAUAACAAUGAUCAUUGUCCUGGUCGUGGUUCUCUCCAUCUGCCUUACAAUCACCGGGUUUAUCCUGUACUCCUGCAGGACCCGGAUACAGAACCUGCUGAAGGGUCUGAGCUGGAGGAAACCUGAAAUCAAGGAGACCCAGUAUAGUCCGGAGUAUCAGAGAUCGUUUAUACAACAUGAUGAAUACUUUAUUUCCCUGGCUAGACAAACAGAUCCAACCAGACAUAUCCCAGUUACAGAGCUUUAAACAUAAUCCAGGAGAAGAUAAACAGUGAGAACCAGAAAACUCUGGAAUAGGAAGACGACAUUAUAGAAGAAUCAAUAUUUGAUGUUGUUACAAAGCAAAUAGGUUACUUGUACCUUAUUUGAUCCAUUAUUAAGUGAAAUUGUCCUGUUUACGCGGCGCAAUUGCAGUGUCUCAUGUUCAUUGGACUAUUUAAAGUCAUAACUUGAGUCUAAAUGUCGUCUUCAUUUUCCAAAGUUUUCUGGUUCUCACUGUAGUCAAAAACAACAAAGAGAUUCUGAAAACCUAAUUUAAACCUAUUCAGUCAUAUUCUAUUAAAUCAUAUCACAUCUUUGUGUUAUAAUUUACACACCAGGGUGUCUUUAAAAAUCAUUUGGUUGAUGCAAAAGCCUCUAGUUCUUUUUCGUUUUUAUUGACACCCAAAAUAUUUGCAAAGGAAUUGAGUCUUUGCUAAAAACUAAUCACUAUAUCUCUGAAACCAAAUGGGAUUGACCUUAGAUAUUUCAAACUUUGAAUACUGUUAAACCAAAUAAUCAAAGUUUGAUGAAAUAUCAAAGGUUUCCAAAAGUUGGUUAAAAUAGAGGGCUCCGGCAUUACCCAGGGUUUAUUUUCAAAGAGACCCUGCAGUACAAUUAUACUAUUCUCAAUACUCUAGUUACAAACUGAUCUAGUUCUUAGCUUUAAGAUAUAUACACUCCUAAACAUGUUACAUUAUCAUAUCAAAUUCAAAAUUCUGCAGAAAAUAUUUUACGAUUGCAUAUUUUAAACUUUGCAGUACGAAAACUUAAAAAUAUUGUAAAUAAGAUAAUUUUUGAUCUGGUAUGUCGUUAUUCAAGUACUGAAUUCUUCUCACAAACUCAGAUUUUCCCAUUCCUUUAUCUUUCCAACCUGAUGGUUUAAACUCUUGACAUUUCUAACUUGGACAAUUUGAUUUAGAAAUAUUAAAGAUCUACGUUAUCAGGUUUAAAAGAUUUUGUGCCGAGUUGAGUUUCUUUAAAAUGGAAUUGAGUCUUUGCCACAAAGUCUGAUUUUCUAAUUCCUAUAUAUUUUCAACCCUAUGUCGUAGAUCUGAA